UUAAAAGCCCAAAAUGAAUCUGGCAAAGAAAAAUAUAAAGAAGAAAAAAAAGAUUCUGAAGAAAAAUUAAAUAUUCAAAUAAAUGAAGUAUUUGAUCAUAAAUCAUUUAAAAAUCAAAUAAAUGAAGUAUUUGAAAAUGAAUCAUUUGAAAAUCAAAUAAAUAAAAUAUUAAAAAAUCAAAUAGAUGAAACAGUAGCAGAUAAAAUAAAUGAUGAAUUAAAAAAUCAAAUAGAUAAAAUGAUAGCAAGUAAAAUAAAUGAAAUACUAAAAGAUCCAUUAGAUAAAAUUAAUAAACUGAUUGAGCUUAAUGAAAAAGAAGAAUCAGAAUAA